AUGAAACCAGGAAGCUCCCCGCACGGGCGGAUCGAGGUCCGGUUGAGGUCUCAGGUUGCUGUGCAGGCGGUUCUGACUCACGCCAACCCCACGUGUGCCGUGUGCCGGCAGAGCUGCUCCGUGGGGCUCCCAAGCCUGCAAGCGACCUUCUGGGAUAAGAUCAACGGGCCUGCCUUCUGCGGGGCUUCUGGUAUCCCCCGCCUCACUGUGUCUGCUGUUUUCAACGUUUACGGUCUGUUGACUGUCAUCUUGCUGUGCCUAUGUACCUGUGCUUAUAUUCCAUCCUUGACUCUCAAUGUCCUGGACAGAAAUAAAACUGGACUGUGGGGUGUAUUUAGGAAGUGUGCCACAACUGGUGUACGGAAGAGUCCUCAUGUCGCUGUAUGUUGUAGAGUGAUGCCAUUCAGCCUCCUGUUCACACAGUAG